AUGUCGAGUGCACAAUUAAAUUUGAUUGUUAUAAGCAUCUUUGCCUGUUUACUUGUGCAAGUGACAAGUAAUAUCCAAUAUCCUAAUAUUGAUGAAGAAACGGGCUGUCCUAUAAAUGUUCAACAUGUAUGUCAGUAUUGUGCUGAAGAUCAAAAUCAUUUAGGAUGUUAUUGUGAACUUGCUGGUGGAGAUGAAAUCGUUACUGCUAGUGUGUUUACACCAUGUCCAGAUGAUAUUAUCGAUCCUUGUGCUAAUCACACAUGCAAAAAUGGAGCUACAUGUGUUCGUGAUGGUUUAACUAGUUAUAAAUGUAAUUGUAUUCCUGGUUUUGGUGGUAAAUUUUGUAAUGAAUCAUUACCAAAAUGUUCGGACGCAAAUAUCAAAUGUCCAAAUGCAGAAUGUGUUGAAACAUUUGAUCCUAAUGUACCUGUCUAUUGUAAAUGCUAUGAUGGUACACGUCGUGAUCCAAGAUUAAACGAUACAUGCCCAUUAAGUCCAUGUUAUGAAAAAAAUAGUGAAGUACCUAUAUGUAAAAAUAAUGGUACAUGUCAAAUUGUUGGUGGCGCUCAUGUUUGUGAUUGUACAGGAGGCUUUGCAGGACAAAAUUGUACGAAACCAUUGAAAAGACCAUUCUGUGAAGAAGCACCAGGUGUUUGUGGUGAAGGAAAAUGUCAACAAUCAUUGACACCACCCUAUUAUUCAUGUAAUUGUGGUACUCAACCAAAUACAUUCGGUAGAAAUAUAAGUGAAUUAACAAAAUGUGAAGAAAGUGGUUGUUAUGCAAUCAAUCCAUGUCAAAAUGGAGGAACAUGUAGUAAUAAAGGUGUUGGAGCUUUUAUUUGUCAAUGUUCAUCUCGUUUUACUGGUACUAAAUGUGAAAAAAUUUCUGCUUGUUAUAAUAAUCCAUGCGUAAAUAAUGGUGUUUGUGAAGCAUUCAAUGAAACACAAUUUUUUUGUACUUGUCCACCCUAUUUUACUGGUCCACGAUGUGAAAUACAAAUAAUUAAUCCAUGUAUUGGAAAAACAUGUGGUCCUCAUGGUGAAUGUCGUGAUACUCAAGGUGUUGGCGUAUGUUUAUGUGAUGAUGGAUUACAUUUUGAUGGUUCACCAUGUCAAGAUCCAUGUCGUAAUAAAAAAUGUGAACCCGGUGUAUGUACAAAAAAAUUCAAUUCAACAUAUGAAGCUAUUUGUUCAUGUCCAGUAUAUCGUAAAGGAGAUUCAUGUGAAUUACCACGAGAUAUAUGUCGUGAAACUCCACCUUGUGGUGGUGGUUAUUGUGUACCUAAUUAUGCAUCAACUCGUGGUUAUUCAUGUGUAUGUGAAGCAAAUGUUGUUAAAAAUGAACCAUGUCCAUUUUCGAAAACUUGUCCAAUCAAAGAUUGCGGAUCACAAGGUAUUUGUGUAGAAACUAAUGGUAUUACUAUACCACCUAGUACCAAACCUAUCUAUUAUGUUUGUCAAUGUAAAGGUGGUUAUAUUAGUUCGGGUAGUUGUAAUGAUUUAUUGACAACAGGAAUGCCAACAGCUACAUCUCGAUGUGGAACUAAUGGUAAACCAUAUCCUAGCCGUAAUCCAAAUAAUCCAUUUGGAUGUUGGUGUAAUAAUGGUACACAUAUUGAAGAAAUUGAAGAAGAUGGUCCAGCACAAUAUUGUGUUUGA